AUGAAUAUCGAAGCUGAAUUCAGGACCGAUCUAAAUGGUUGGCUGGAGUACGAGAAGAAAUACAACUCGAGUCUUCAGCGUGAAAAGCUACAAGCCUCUGACAGACAGCUGGACCAACUGCUUAAAAGCCUUGGCUCGACAUUAUCAUAUUACAAUCACUCUCCAGAAGCAUUGAUGGCCUUGCACAAUAUAGUAUUCUACAACACCAUCCACAGUCAGGACAAUGCUGUGGAUUUUAACAUGGUAAACUUUCCAAAUGCCAUAGAUCAUUAUAUACUGUAUCACAUCUGCGAACACUUUGAUCUACACAAAUAUACCACCCAAAAAUUAUGGAAAAUGACAGCUCAGGAUGCUCUGCAAUUCAUUAUGAGAACCGCUGAUGCCACAAACAAACCAUUGAGACAUUUUCACCCAAUUCUGUUCAAACUGAUUCAGAGAAACGCCCAUUUUGAUGGUAUUACUGAUCAGAUAUUGCAGCAAUUCAUAGUAGAUCAGAUCAAAGUCGACGACAAAGCUGGUCUAGCGACUCAUUAUUUGCCGGCCAUUUUACAAACGCUAUAUGAUUAUGUGUUGGAAAACACUCAACUCGCAAAGAUUGAACCAAACCAAGCACGCAUUAUCCAAAACAGUACACAUCGAUUGAGCUGGUUUGCAAGCUCCAUUCCAUACCUCAUAAUGAAGAAGAGCCCUAAUGUCACUAUCUCUGAAACCUGCUAUUCACUUAUCAGAUCCAUCUUUCAACUCAAGGGUACUUCUCUUCCCUCCUACAUGCGAGAGAUACCUGAACCUAAAACUAUCACUAUACCUAUACAAACAUGUCAAAAUGCCAGAGUCCAACAGCAUGAUCUAAAAUACGAUUGGAACAAACUCAUAAAGCAGCAAGAUGCCAACACAACUACCCACGAACAAGCUUUCCUAGUGAUUUGCUGGCAUUUGCAGAGCAAAUGUCUAGUGACAGGCACCCAGUCUUUAUGCGAUGCAGACGAAAAGAGCGGCUUUGACCGACUGGAGGAGAAGGUCCGCGAAAAGAUCGUCAAGAAUAAUGUCGCCAAAUGCCAACUAUGGUGUAUUUUUAGCAUUCGAAACCGAGCUAGUUUUUGGAAAUCAACGCUGAAGGUUGUUGUUCAAUUUAUGGAUCUGUGGAUUAGAGAUGUUGUAGAUACCAGGUGCGCGGAUAUAUUUGCAAGCCUUAUAGCGAAGGAGGAUUUGAUGAUGGUGCUAUAUGGCCACAUUCUGAAACAUGUGCAACAUUAUCAAAGGUCCAAUAGCCGAGAUACAAAGUUGUUGAUUAACAACCUUUGCCACUUACUGGAGACUUGUAUUGCCCAUGUCCAUGACAAAGAUGAUCUAAUUCAUUUUAGAGACGACGUCUUAAAGCAGAGAAGACGAGAAGCCGACGACAUUCAUUUACCCACUUUCAGGUCAAUUGAUCUAUGGAAUAUUCCAUUCAAGAGUGAUUUGAUUAAGGUUUGUAAUCAAAUCACCAUAGAUGACGAUGAUAAUAGUGGGCUUUACGGGCAAGAUGCUCCAGACGAUGUCAUUAUGAAACUGAUCAAGUUAUCGAUUAUUUGGCCGUACCAGGUUGUUCAGGAGCUAGUUCUAGCUUGCGUACGAAACAAGAACCAGUUCAGAGCCAUCAUUCCCAUUUUGAAUAUGCUCGGAAAUCUGUGUACAUUUAGGAAGUCAAGCUCAUGUUCCAGCCUCUUGCUAACAGUGGUUCGAGACACAGUGUCAAUGCUGCUUGAAUCCAAAGAUUUACUGUCAAACCAACAGAAUAUCGCACACUUUAUAAAAGGCUGCUUAGCCAACCAAUUCACAGAGAACCAUCCCAUCAUCUUGACUCCAAAUUGUUUAGUGCCAGAUCAACCAACAAGAAUGCUCCUAGAUAUACCAGACAUCUUGAAUGACUUUGUACUACCACCUAUGGUUCAAUUUACUCAACAACCCACUACUAUUGACAUCCAAUUGAUUCAGUUCAACUUGUACUUGCUCGACUCGUUUUGCCAGUAUAAACACGACAACGAUUCAGGCUGGCAUCAUGUCAGGACCAUGCACACUCCUUUGAACGAGUCGGACCUUCCAGCUGUUCUUUAUUGUUCAUCUGAAACCUUGGUACAUUGCUUAACGUUUAUUAUGGACCUACGAGAGCAAGAUGAGAAACAUGGUGUACGACUUCAAGAUUGGGAAGCAGCACUCAAUUACAUUGAUAAAUUUACCCUGAUCAGCAUCUAUGGGUUAACAGCAGCGCCAUCUCGGUUUACAACGUUACAGCAAUAUUUUGAGACAUCGCUAACUGCUUUUCGUUGGGAAACGCAAUUAUUAUGGUAUCCCUUCAUCAAACACAGAUCAUUGCGAGUUCCUGCUCCAUUUUUUCGCAUCACAGGCUCAUUGAAUCAGGUAUUUGAGGCAGACAGUACAGAAACCAGGGUCCAGCAAUCAACAGAGGGAUGGCAAUGUUUCUUCAAGGCAUGCAAGCUAUCAACUGAAUUGACAGAUGCUCUGUUUCAGCGCCAAAUUCAAUGGGAAUACAACUUGCUCUUGCUGUGGAAGCAUCCUGCAGAAAACGAGAUCUUGCGAAACGGAUUAGAGCAUGCUUUACAUCCAAAAUCCUCGUUAAGUGUAUCAAGCGAAUACCCUAAGCUCUUGAACCACUUUCUCUACAAGCUUUACGACUCAUUUGAUUUUUACCCAGUCUUGCAAGAUGAACGGCAUUACACAAACAAGUCAAUACUGCCUAUUAUAUCGCAAUUAUCAAGACAUCAAGGAAUUCGGUCUUAUUUUGUGGUUUUAUGUACAGUACAACUUUUGAAACCUAAGGCUAGAAAUACCGAAGCAAAGGAGAACAGCUUCCACAACGAUAAGCAGGAUUUGUACUACCUGUCUUGCUUGAUUAAGGUGAUCCAGGACAUCACGCAUUGGGGAAAUAUAAGCAAAGAUGGACAAACAGCAUCAUACAACAAGCUCAAAGAAAGGUUGAAUCAAGAGACCGAAACUGACGAUGCUACUGCUCAUUGUUACUAUUACCCGCUUUUAAAUACAGAGAAGUUGAGAUCAGACCGUGCUUUAGCCAUUUUGACACUGUAUCAUUUGAGUUCAGUAGAUUUGAAUGAAACACAAACAGAAGUAGUCCAUCGUUUAGCUAUGCAAAUCAUAGAAGGCCUCGUUGACAUGGAAAGCCGCCAACAAUUUGAGCGGAUGCUCCAGCAACAACCCAAGAAAAGAAUUGCAAAUUACAAGAAAAAGUCAAAAGUGAAUGAGAACAGAUGCAAGAAGAUGCGAUUGCGGCCCAUCCUUAGCUGCGAAGAAGCAGCCCUGCUUAAGCCGGUACUGUUGGCACAGCAAGCACAUUUUGGAUUGUCUCAGGCAUUAGGUUUACACACAUGCGGCAGCGAUAGCAAUGAUCAGGACCAGAAAACACUGUAUUUCUUGUAG